CAACGUGACGUGGGCCACAUAUCUCACGCGCUCAAUCUUCCUGAAGACUCUCAAACCCUACCUCCUCUCUCUUUCUCUCGUCUUCCCUCUCUCUCUCUCUUUCUCUCUCUCUCUCUCUCUCUAGGCCCAAUUACCAACCCUAACCCUACUCAAUCCUCAAUUUUCCAUGAAUUACGAGCACAGCAUUCGAAUCGCUGUUACUGAAUCGGACGUCCUCUGAUGAUCCAUUAUUCCUUUCUUGAGAAACCCUAACAAUUCCUCUCUCUUCUUUUCCUCGCGAAGUCCAUGGAGGGCUCUGCGGUGGAGGAUCUCGGAGCCCCGGAGUCAUGGGAGGUGGCCGAUUUGGACGCUACCAUGAGCCGAUUGAUGCUUUCUUCCUCUUCAAAAAAAGAUUCCCAGCAGCAUCAAGAGUUCUCUGAUCCUCCUCCUCCAGCUUCUUCCUCGGAUUCUGUGUCAGCCUCUUUAUCGGCGGACAAGGUCUCCGAUGACCUCGUCAGUCAGGUUGAUCAGUUCCUUCGCGAGGCUAUCCAAAACCCCCGUGAGCGGCUCUCGAUUCUGCGGAUGGAGCAAGAUGUUGAAAAGUUUAUCCGUGACCCCACACAGCAGCAAUUGGAGUUCCAGCAGCUGCCCACAUCAUAUUUACGAUUGGCUGCCCAUCGUGUGGCACAGCAUUACUCACUACAGUCAAUGGUUUUAUUGGAAAAUAAUUCACCUGAUGGUUCAGGUUCUAGAAUCAUUGUGCGCAAGACUUCUGAGUGUAGGCUUCCUGCAAUUCGCCUGGCGGAUAUUCCUGUAAAUUUACCAUCAGAAGACAGUGGUGUUGUGAAGGUUGCUAUUAAGCAGAGGCCUCAGAGAAGGUCACAGGUCGCUAACAGUUCAAAUUCAAGUUCUCCGAAGUCAAAUAGUUCCAAAAGUGUGGAAGAAAGGAAAGAGGAGUAUAACCGAGCUCGUGCAAGGAUAUUUAAUUCUAAUAAUUUUAAUGGUGGUCCAACUGGAAAACCUGAAACUGAACUGAGGUUUCCGGAUGUUUCCCAGCUUGGUUCCUCUGGGGUAGCAAAGAUAGAAGAGAAGUUGAUUCCAGGAGUUUCUGACAUGAGCUCCCGUAGGGUUUUGAUUGACACUUCUACCAGUAGCAGUGUAUCAGCUAGAAGUAGGACAGACAAGGAGCCAGUUGGUAGGCAUAAACCAAAUAGCAGGGUGGCCAUCUUUCGUGAUCGUGAAACUGACCGCAAAGACCCUGACUAUGAUCGGAGCUACGAUAGGUACAUGCAAAGAUUUGAUCCUGGGUUUGGGUUCAAUACUGGACCUUACACCAUGCAGCCAAUGUAUACCCCUGCUUUGAAUUACAACACUGAGUUCCCGCAGCUUGGAUCUACUCAUAGGCCUCAGAUGUCUGCUGAACACCAACCUAGGCCGCUCCCUCAGCAUCUACCUGGGCCAUGGGCUGCACCAUCAACUCCUGCAGGAAUUGGGUAUGGUCAUCCAGAAACGAUAAUGGCACCUUUUAAUCCAAAUCAUGUUGGUGCACGCCCUGCAUCAACCGUGUAUUUGCAUUCUUCUCAGUAUCCAUGUCAACGUCCUCGGAUGCCUUUCAUCCAUGGCCAUGAACAUGUUCACUCUCCUUUUUCGCAGUCUCAUCAACCACAACCUGAUGCUAGUUUUGGAUUGGCCCGGCCCCGAUGAGGGGCUUGGGCCAUGCCUGCACCCUGCCAGCUGGAGUAAGAGUUUGAAAUGACAUGAUUGAUACUAUUGCAUAUUCCACUGGCAGUGGGUGCAGGCAUAGAGAACCGGGUGGACUAGAGUGGAUAUGUUGUCCAAGUUGACAUAUGUGUUCAUCCCUUCUGCUGCCCAUCUUGGUUCUCUUUAGAGCUUCUUACCUCAUGGAUGAAGGUUGAAGAAGCAAGUAGGCUCUGCAAAUCUACUGUUUUGGAUUGUGCCGAGAGCCCUGUUGCCAAAAAAGGUGAAGAUUGGACUACCAUUGGAUCAGAGCUAGGGAUGCCGGUGCUUGUUUCAGGUGAAGACCCGUGAGGAGCCAGAGGGAAUUUUCUGGAAGAAGACAUGUUCCAGGUAAGUGGCAAGUGCACAUUUCACUUGUGAUAGCAAUGUGUGCAUCAACAUCCUUCUUGAACAAAGCUUUGAUCAUAUUGUGCUUCACAUGGAACAGCUAUCUGGAGAUCUUUUUUUUGUUCUCUGUAAGUUAUCUGGAGAAUUUAAUGAACAUGUACCAUAACAAAUUUUUUUGAUGUAGUUUGUACUGAAAGUUUUUCCUUUUAUUGCCGUCUUCUGUCUAUGUGCACAAGUUACCCAACUUUUUACACCGAUCUAUUGUGUUUGUGCUGGCUAGUCUUGGAUCCGAUAAGGUUAUGGCUGCCUCAUGUUUUCCCCCUUGUAUUUCCGUUUACACCUUCCGCUUUAAAAAUGUUUAAAAUAGAGUCAUACGCA